AUGCCACAUAGAACAGUAUAUCGUAAAGAUAAAACAACUACAAAGAUGCGUAUAGUUUUUGAUGCGUCAUCAAGUGAGGCGGAGCAUGGAUCGUUAAAUGAAUUUUUAAGCCCAGGUGACAAUUUACUGUCAAACUUAGUGUCAAUAUUGCUAAGGUUUCGUUCAAAGAGAAUUGCUAUGACAGCAGAUAUUGAGAAGGCAUUUUUGCAAAUUGCUAUAGACGAAAGCGAUCGCGAUACACAUAGAUUUUUAUGGUAUGUCAAAAUGCCAAGUAUAAACGAACAACUGCCAAAUAUUGUAGAAAUGCAUGACAUUAGCGUUGAUCUGGUAAAGACCAUUGAAACCAUUGCUAGUUUAAAACCAACAAAGCAAAGCGUGAUGAAGGCUUUGGCAAGAAUAUAUGAUCCGUUAGGAAUAAUAGCACCCUUUACAGUGCGACUAAAAAUUUUACUUCAAAACAUUUGGAAAGUGAAAUAUGAAUGGGACGCGCCUUUAAAUGACGAAAUGUGUUACGAAUUUGAAGCAUGGCGAAACGAACUUAAAAUAUUAAGACAUUUCAAAAUUUCUCGUUGUUUGUGUCACGCAGAGAAAAGCUUUAUAGAGAUCCAUAUAUUUGCUGAUGCAAGCCCAAAGGCAUAUGGAGUUGUGGCAUAUUUGAGAACAGUGGCGAAUGGGAUAGUUUUAAACAAAUUUAUUUGCUCAAAAAACAGAGUAAGCCCAAUUACAAAGAGCGGUAAUGAUGAACUCUCGCUCCCAAAGUUGGAACUCACGGCAGCUGUUAUUGCAGUACGACUUAAAGCAUUUUUAUCAGGGUCUCUAGAGUUACAGAUUGAUAAAUACUACUUAUGGUCUGAUUCAACAAUUACACUUAAUUGGAUUAUGGGAUGCGGAAAUAAAAUAAAGCCAUACGUUACAACAAGAGUUAAAGAAAUUUUAAAACUAACUAACAUAUACGAAUGGAAAUAUUGCGAUGGCAAAAGCAAUCCUGCUGAUUUUUUAACUAGAGGUUGUACAGCCAAAAAUUUGUUUAAUAAUGAAUUAUGGAAAAAUGGUCCGAGCUGGUUAUCGGCAAAGCAAAUACAUUCUGCAAGCAACAAGAGUAUGAAUGAUAUUUUAUUAACAUUUUCGGACCUGAAUGAAAACAUUGUCAAUCAAAGCGAAUCAUUUGAAACAAUAAACAAAUAUAGUAACAUCAAAAAAGUGUUAAGGGUAACAGCCUAUAUUAUGAAGUUUAUUAGCAACAUGCAGACACAAAAAUCUCACAGGACAGUACAGAAGACAUCAAAAAUAAAUGACGUAAAAAAUUUAAGUGCGCAGGAAAUUGCUGAAGCCGAAAAACUUUUGGUAAAACUGGAACAGAGAAGAUAUUUUCCUGAAGAAGCUAGUUAUCUGAAGAACGGAAAAAUUUUGCCAACAACAUCGAAGUUAUUAUGUUUAAAUCCAACUAUUGACGAUGGCGUGAUAAGACUUAGUUGCAGGAUUUCAGAUAAAGAUUACGACAAAAGUUUGACAAAACCAGCUAUAUUGCCUAAACUGUCUCGUCUGAGCAGGUUGUUAAUAAUUGAAGCGCAUACAGUUACUCUACAUGGAGGUGUGAAUGUAGUACUAGCAUACAUACGAAAGAAAUAUUGGAUAAUACAAGGUCGCCAACUAAUCAAAAAUAUAGUAGGUCAAUGCAUAGUAUGCAAAAGGAUCAGAUGUAAAAGCGCUAAUGAACAAUGGUCUGUUUUGCCAACUGAACGAAUUACAACAGCCAGACCAUUCAAGACGACUGGAAUUGAUUUUGCAGGACCACUAUAUAUAAAAAUUGAAAGAGAGAAUUACCAAGAAAAGGUUUAUAUAAAUUUAUUUACAUGCGUAGCUAUAAGAGCAAUCCAUUUGGAACUUGUAAGGCCCAAAUUUUGCAUUAAAAUAUAG